GUUGUUUGUUCGGAAUGCCGGGCUUUUCACCCCGAUCUCGCCACCUACCCCGUGAUCUCCAAAACAACACAACAAAGUGGAGCAAAUAAAUAUGGCGACCGCAGAGGAGUCACGAAGACGCCCCUCGCUCACCUCCUCUUCGGUCGGCCUGGAGGCGCUGUUCCCCGCCGGCACGUCGGCGCACUCUUGCGGCGACGAGAACCCGGAGCUCGACCGACUGCGGGAGCGUCUAGCGGGCUGGCUGUCGCCGUACGAGCCCGCGCUACUGUGGCUUCAGCAGCUGCUCGUGUGGGAGAGGCCGCUGUAUAGCAUCUCGGUGGCUCUCACGCUGAACACCUUAUUCUGGCUCCUGUCAUCCACCUCCCUGCGCCCUCUCUUCCUGUUGAGUGUGUCCCUCCUGGGACUGAUGCUGCUGGAGAGAUGGAAGCCCAAGUUGCCCAUUAUUACUAUUUCGCAUGAAGAGGUGCCCCCCAUCCAAAGUGAAUCGAUGAGGGCGGAGCAGCGUCUGCUCAGCAUUCCUGAGCUCAGCCACCACCUAGCAGAAAGCUACCUGACGUGCUGUCUGUUCCUGCAUGAGACUCUGCAGUACAAACGUCAAAACCACGGCAAGUUUUGUGCCAUGAUGUGCAGCGGCUGUUUUGCGCUCGCAGGUGUUGGACAUUAUGUUCCAGGAAUCAUGAUCUCUUAUAUAAUAGUCCUCAGUGUGCUGCUGUGGCCCCUGGUGGUGUACCAUGAGCUCAUCCAAAGGAUGUACACUGGCCUGGAGCCCAUCCUGAUGAAACUAGACUACAGCAUGAAGGGAGAUACAGAGCGUCGCAAGCACGACAAGAGGAAGGUGAAGAAGGAGGUCGAGGAGGGUGAUGAGCCAAGAGCAGAGACGGAGAGCGAAAGUGAGGAGGAGCUCUCCUUUUUUGCCCCAACGGUGGAUGUAAAGACCACAGCUCUGGCGAUGGCCAUCACAGACUCCGAGCUAUCCGACGAGGAGGCGUCCAUAUUGGAGAGCGGCGGCUUUUCCGUUUCCAGGGCCACGACACCCCAACUCACGGAUGUCUCUGAAGACCUGGACCAGCAGAGCUUACACAGUGACCCAGAAGAGUCCUACCUGCGGGAUCUACCUGAAUUUCCAUCCGUGGAGGAGUUUCCGUCCCUGGAACGCAACCUCCUCCACUUUCCGUUGCAAGGUCCGCGCCAAGGCGACAGACCCCGGUCAGGCGCUCCUUCAGAGGCGGAACCCUUGAGCCCCGCCAGUCUCCUCAUCCAGCACCUGGCGUCCCCGCUCCACUUUGUGAACACGCACUUCAACGGCCACGGACGACCGCCCGGCGGAGAAGCGGGUGUGCCGCCAACCACAGGGGGGGAAAUAUUAAGUCGGGGAGGAGAGGAAGAGGAGAAGACGGCGGCUGUGACCGAGGGUGCACAGCUGUCACUGGAGGCUCUUAGCGAGGAGAUUGUGAGCACGGCCAUCUCUACUGUGGUGCAGAACACUCUGUCAGCACUGUUGCGCUCCAGUGAAGCCAGCGAGGAGCCCGCCCUGGCGGAGUUCCUUCCUCAUGAAACCCCACCGGGCGUUAUGGACACCUCACCUGCAAGCACCUCAGUGGCAGCGGCGCUGGGGCCCGAUGACGACCUGGAGACCACAACCACAGAAAGCGUCACGGGAAAUGACACGCUGGUCGCCACAGAGGACGAGGACUUUGAGCUUCUGGACCAAAGUGAACUGGACCAGGCGGACGAAGGGCUGGACCUCAGCCCCGACGGACUGCUGGUUCGAGGUACGCCAGACACGCCUCCGCAGCAUCAACCUCAGUCAUAGCUCCCAUCAAGCCCCGCCCCCUUCCUAACUGUUUUCUUUUUAUUUAUCCACUAGAAAACAUCGCUGUAUCCAAAAUAUUCAUCUAAGAGUGUUUCAUACCGUUGGUGGAUGAUUGGAAUUAAGCUGUAGACCUUAGCACAGCUGUCGGCGUUUUAGAUCUAGCGUCCAAAUUUGCCUGGUAAGCAAAUUUCCUGCCGUCGAGUAAACCUGCUGUCCCAAGCAGAUGUUGUAACAGAGAUUUGGAUUAUAAUGCAGUGAAUAUGAGCUCCACAUUUAUUGAAUUCAACAGUGGAUUUAAAGAGGUUUUACAGCUCCCUUAAUGAUGUCGGUUUGAGCCCCAGAGUAAAGGUUUUUACUUUUAUGUUGAAUCAGGCCAAGUGAGUCACUUGUUGCCUGGAAACUAUGACAUUGUUGGAUGUUGACCGGAACUUACACACGUAAGUGACUUCAAAGGCUUUGAGUUAUUCAUCCUCAUAUCUAAUGACUAACCGCGCCGAUCACAUGACAUGCCAGGCACUACGCAUGUGUUGAACUAAAGAGUUCACUGCAUCAGAAUCAAGGGCAGGUUUUAAUAACCACUCUGCGUCCAAAUCUCUGUCGCGUUGUGUUUUGUUCCCGACUUGUCCUUGUGCACUCUUUGUACUAACUUCCCCACGUACCAGCCUCCCUGUGUAUAUUGUAGAAAUGUUAAAAAAAUAUAUAAUUGUGUAUGUUCUGCAUGUAAAAUGACACUGUUUAAUAUCUCAGCUGACUACGUGCUGCGUGUGUGUGUGCGUGUGUGUGCGUGUGCGUGUGCGUGUGCGUGUG